AUGGUCGACUCAGCCAGCGACACUUCAGUCUCAGACGAGCUGCGGGAGCAUCAGCGGAUUUGGGCCCAAGGAGACUUGGUUAGCAAGGGGUUUAGAAGACUGGCCGAAAAAUAUGGACGAGGUGGAGAUCCUGAUCGCACAACUAUCGAACACACUCUAUCAACCCGCUCCGUCGAGGAAUCCUUGCCAGAAAUCAACCCCGAGUAUACAUUUGAUCCGUGGAAGUGGUGGAAUGUUGAGAGCACACUUGACGCGAUCGACUUGACGAUUCAAUGCAUAACAGGGUCUGAAUUGGAUGUUGCCCAACUGGAUUGGCCAUCAUAUCUAGACGAUGUCGACCACGUUCUGCACAAAGUUGUUACAGUGAUUAAUCAAUGCACCCAUGAAGUUCCCAGGAAGACGUUUGUCCAGGAACCAGUCUUCCACCUCGCUAAACUAGGAAUAGGGCUCAUAAAGAUAGCAAAGCUAUUUUUUAAGAAGUUAUCAAUUGACAGGAGCCUUAAUGCGAGGCGGAUUCCAUUGCGACUUCCGUUAUUCACCGAAAUGUGUUCCAAACGAAUCGAAUCUUUGGCACAAUCUCUUCCACUAGUCACCGCCGAUAUCUUGCAACUAGGAAACCUUUUCGAAACCGUCUAUGACGCUCACGAAAACAGGUCGGGCAGAGACUUUGUGAAAGUGGCCACGAGUCUCAAAUCUCGAUUUCAAGCUCCUUUGGUCGUUCUAUUGCAUUAUCUUAUUCCUUCUAUCUCAGAUACCUAUGGUUCAUCAACUCAAGACUACUACAAGAACUGGUUUGUGACUUGGAAUACUCAGUUCAUUCUAACCACCGAGAACUUCAUUAGUGCUGCGAAAUCACUUGACAAUAACCCUCCAUAG